AUGAAGCAUUCAACUUAUUUCUUGACUUUUUGUGUUCUGGUUAUAGUGUUCAAUGUGGUUAAAGGACAACCUCUUGUCCCUGCAUUGUUCAUAUUUGGUGAUUCUGUUGUUGAUGCAGGAAAUAAUAACAACUUAUAUACAAUUAUUAAAUCAAAUUUUCCUCCUUAUGGAAGAGACUUCAAGAAUCACAUGCCAACAGGAAGGUUUUGUAAUGGAAAACUUGCAACAGAUUUUACAGCUGAAAAUCUCGGAUUUACAACUUAUCCGCCAGCUUACCUCAACUUACAGGUUAAAGGAAACAACCUCUUGAAUGGUGCAAACUUUGCAUCUGGUGCUUCUGGAAUCUAUGGUCCUACAGCCAAGCUAUAUCGCGCAAUUCCAUUGGACCAACAACUGGAACACUACAAAGAAUGCCAGAAUAUAUUGGUGGGAGUAGCAGGAAAAUCAAAUGCUUCAACAAUUAUAUCUGAAGCUAUAUAUCUUGUUAGUGCUGGUAGCAGUGACUUUAUUCAAAACUAUUACAUAAAUCCUUUACUUUACAAGGUUUACACUGCUGAUCAAUUCUCCGAUAUUGUCAUUCAAGAUUAUAUCGUUUUCAUUCAGAAUUUAUACGCACUUGGAGCAAGGAGAAUCGGUGCAACAACAUUACCUCCAUUGGGUUGUUUGCCGGCAGCCAUCACUCUUUUUGGCUCAAAUAGCAAUGAGUGUGUGGAGAGGCUAAACACUGAUGCUGUUAACUUCAACAAUAAGUUAAACAUCACAUCUCAGAACUUGCAAAUAUCACUUAGUAACCUUACAUUGGCUGUCCUUGAUAUCUACCAACCUCUCCAUGAACUUGUCACUAAGCCUGCAGAAAAUGGAUUUUUCGAAGCAAGGAAGGCUUGUUGUGGAUCUGGUUUGAUAGAGACAUCUAUAUUGUGCAACAAGGACUCCAUAGGAACAUGUGCAAAUGCUUCUGAAUAUGUGUUUUGGGAUGGUUUUCAUCCAUCUGAGGCUGCAAACAAAGUUUUGGCUGAUAGUUUGCUGCUUUCUGGCAUCUCCCUCAUAUCCUAA